AUGGCUUCUGAAACAAGCCCCAAGAAGAGCUUCGAGCAGGUCUCCGCGCCUGCGCCCAAGUCCGAGAAGCUCUUCGGAAGGAAGUUCUACGAGAGUAUUGGUAGCCCAAGAUAUGUCGUCGCGCCAAUGGUGGACCGUUCCGAGUUUGCGUGGCGCAUGCUCACUCGAUCCUUUAUGCCUCCCAACGAUUCAAAGCCUUUACUGGCGUACUCGCCUAUGUUCCAUGCCCGCAUGUUUGGGGAACAAGAGCGCGUGCGUCACCAACAUUUCCAACCUACACGUAAAGCCAUCGGCGGAAAGAGCGACGAAUUGUUUCUCGAUGGAAACCCUGCGAUCGACCGGCCACUCUUCGUUCAGUUCUGUACAAAUAAUCCAGAUGAAUUUCUCGAGGCUGCUCGUCAUGUGGUACCUCACUGUGACGCCGUGGACCUGAACCUCGGCUGCCCGCAAGGUAUCGCAAAAAGGGGACACUACGGAGCUUUCCUUCAAGAAGAUUGGGACUUGAUCUACAAACUUGUGAAUCGGUUACACACGGAACUCCCCAUCCCGGUAACGGUGAAGUUCCGUAUCCAAGAGACCAAAGAGAAGACUUUGGAGUACGCAAAAAUGAUUCUCUCUGCUGGGGCCAGCAUUAUCACUGUGCAUGGGCGCAGAAGGGAACAAAAGGGUCACAAUACUGGAGUUGCUGAUUGGAGUUACAUCCGUUACCUACGAGACAACCUUCCCCCAGACACUGUCAUAUUUGCCAAUGGCAAUAUCCUUAAUUACGAUGAUAUCGAAGCAUGUCUUGAGGCAACCGGUGCCGAUGCCGUGAUGAGCGCAGAAGGCAAUCUAUCAGACCCAUCCAUAUUCAGCAAGCCGCCCCCAGUCGGUACGGAAGGAAGAGAAUAUUGGCGCGGACGGGAUGGAAAGGGCGGUUACCGUGUUGAUGCCAUCAUGCGACGAUACCUUGAUAUUAUUUAUAAGUAUGUUCUGGAUCAGCCGGUCCCCGAACGGAAGCCGCUGUAUCUACCAUCCGACCCAGUCGAUGAAUUUGCAGAAACGAAUGAUCAUGAAGAUCAGGAGCGCGAAGAGGGCCCGCUGAAGAAGAAACAAAAGCGCAGCAAGGCGGAGAAGGGCAAGAAAAGCCACUCCCCAAGCCUCGGUUUUAUGCAGGGUCAUCUCUUCCAAGUUCUACGCCCGAUGGUCGCAACCCAUACCCACGUCCGAGAUGCGCUUGCGAGAUCGGGGCCGGGUGACAUGGCCGCUUUCGAACACACCCUGGCCCUUCUUGAGAAAGCCGUCAGAGGUGGACUUGAUGAGUACGAGGCCUCCCCCGAGAAAUUUGAGAGGCAACCAGACGAAAUCUUGAAGGGGUCUAAAGCUGUCAUUGCGGAAUAUGGAAGACCAUGGUGGAUUUGCCAACCUUACAUCCGUCCACUACCCGAGGAAGCUUUCGAAAGUGGAGCCAUGCGGGAAAAGGGCACAAAGCCUCCCGGCCCGAAUACGAAUGAACAGAAGAAGACCGAAAAUGCUGACACAUCUGUCUGUGAACAAACUGUCACACCAGGCGAGAAGCCUGCCAUUAACGCCACCAAGCUGACGACCGAUCCUCUUGUGAGUGGAUAG